UGACUGUUAUCAUUCGACGGAGCGACGUAGCCGUAACCGCACGCGGCACGAAUAAAAAAAUCGUUCGAUUUUUAAAUCGCUUCGUUCAGUUGUAUUUAAUCAAGUUGAUUGAGUUGUGUUAGUGAUUUUGUUUUAAUUAAAAAGGAACAAAUUGAAAGCAGUAAAAUGGCGCGCGGUAGUGAGUUUGGAUGUGGUUCUUCUAGUCAUAGCGUAAUGUUUGUUAAAGUUGCUGUUGCAGUUUUGUUCUUAGGAUUACCAUGUGCACAAUCGCAAGUAGAAAAAAUGUAUGUCGACGUCACAGAAGUCAACCUCUUAGUGGACGAGACGCGACUCUUCAAAUUGAUUCAAAUCGGUGAAUACAACGAAACCAUUGACGUGACAAUACAAGCCCAGCACUCAGACAUCGUCCAAUUCUCACCGUCGCACGUGUUGAUACCGGGCGUGGAGAGUCCCAAUACGACAGUCGAGAUAUCAUAUGACAUCAGCGCGCACGGGAAGAGUCCGGGACAUUCCGACGUAUCUUUUAACGUCACACCGAGUGGCAUCGUCAACAUGGACACAGUAUUCAUCCUCGUGACCGUGAUGCACUCUAACGCCAUCUACAUAAUCUCGUACAUCAUGGGCUGGGUGUACUUCGCGGCGUGGUCGGUGUCGUUCUACCCGCAGAUCUACACCAACUUUAAAAGGAAAAGCGUCGUGGGCCUCAACUUCGACUUCCUCGCCCUUAAUAUCAUGGGCUUCACCAUGUAUUCGCUGUUCAAUUGCGGCCUUUAUUUCUCUAGCGAAAUACAAGCAGAAUACUUCGCUCGACAUCCGAAGAGUUUGAAUCCAGUGCAGCUGAAUGACGUCUUCUUCUCCCUCCACGCUGUGUUCGCUACCCUCAUCACGAUAAUUCAGUGCUUCCUAUACGAGCGCGAGGAGCAACGAGUUUCCCUGGCGGGUCGCGGGAUCUUAGGCGUCUUUGGUCUCGUAGUGAUAGUGACGGCCAUCUUGGGCGGCGUUGGUACCUUGGCUUGGCUGGACUUCCUAUACUACUGCAGCUACAUCAAGCUCGCCAUCACGCUUAUUAAAUAUGUUCCUCAGGCGUACAUGAACUACAAGCGCAAGUCGACCGUGGGCUGGAGCAUCGGCAACAUCUUCCUCGACUUCACGGGCGGCUUCCUGUCCAUCUUCCAGAUGGUGCUGAACGCGUACAACUACAACGACUGGAUCUCGUUCUUCGGCGACGCCACCAAGUUCGGCCUGGGCCUGUUCUCGCUGGUGUUCGAUGUGUUCUUCAUUCUGCAGCACUACGUGUUCUACAGGGACGCGCGUUACAUUCUUCUCCCUGGAACUUCGAACGAAGACCAAGAAAACGCGGACAGUCCGUCCGACCACGAGUACUCACAAGCCGAGUCCUACCAGGGUGCCCCGACCGAUGCAUAGUGAACGUUAUUGUAACACGGUUAGAACUGUAUUUCAUUUGAAUGCUAGAAUGGUGCUUAGUAGAUGAUUGAUGACAAAACUCUUAACCAAUUACCUAAUAUGAUUACUGCUAGAACUAUAACGUAAAUAAGUGCAGGAAACUUAAUAUAAAAAUAUUAAUAAUAGUGCGGGUAUAAUGGAAGUUAUCGGCGUACGUAUUUGUUUAUAAAGAAGAUUACAAACAAAGUGAGUGCGAUAAAAAACAAAACAGUUUUGUAUCUUACGUCUUAUUCGUGGGUGUUUAUCUAAGUGCAAUAAAAGUAUUAAGAUAAUAUUUAAGUGGUCGAGAUGAAAAGUGCUAUAAUUGACAAGAAAAGUAUUGUUAUCAGACAUCGGUGAUAUCGUGGAUGUGACGACAGAGCUCGUGACAACGGACAAAUAAAAGAUUGAAGGUUACAGCUAGGAGGGCUUAAUUUUUGUUUAUUCUAGAUAUUGUCAUAAUUGAGCCUCAUAUUUCUAUCGAGUGCAAAUCGGCAAAUCGAACGUUACGUCUUAAGACUAUAGUGGACGGCCGCUUCUCCAUACAAACGUAGUCCCCAUUUUCCUCCCUGGAUAUUGACUUUAUGGAAAAUAUAUUUACACUAUUUAUUGUAUAUUAUAAUUAUAAGUAUAACUGUGUCCCUUCAUUCGACUUUUUUGGGAGUUUUUAUUAUUAUAAAAGUUAUGGGCGAAAAAUAAUUCUCUAUUUUUUUUAAAGCUCUUAUAAUAAUUAAAAUGUCGAAAUUCAAACGUAAGGCGAUAGCUGUGGUUAAUAUACAUCAGAUUACUUAAAACAUUUCAUGUUAAUAUGCAGAGGAAACCGGGGGCUAUGUUUGUAUGGAGAAACCGUCACGUAACUUCGUCCUCUUUCCUCUUAACGUUCGAUUUCUCUUGGCUGAAACCGCUAACCACUUUGCUCGUUCUCUCUCUCUCUCUCUCUCUCUCUCUCUCUCUCUCUCUCUCUCUCUCUCUCUCUCUCUCUCUCACUGUCGCAAGAGCGAUAGAGAUGCUAAUAUUUAGACGGUUUUCGCGGUAAGUAUCCACCAGUGCUACAUAUAGACAAUGUGCAUUUUCCUACACAAGUUACUUGUACUGUAUAUACUGUACAUAAACCGCAGUCCCAUAGAAAAAACAAAUAACGUAAACAAAUAUUACAGCUUUUGUUGGCAUUUGACAUCUAACCUAAAAAAAUUAUGGAGUAUGGCGAGCUUCGAGUCGACAAUUGGCGAGAGGUCGCACAGGACCGAGAAAAGUGGCGCUGUCUUGUGUCGGAGGCCAAGUCUCAUUUUGGGUCGCUGAGCCAACGGAGUAAGUAAGUAAGUAUGGACUUCACUUAAAUAUUAUUAUAUUAUUAACUAACAUAUAUUUUAAUAUAUUUUAACAAAAAGUUGAUACUAAUAAAAUAUUUAAGUAUAUACAUUGCUGAUAAGAUGAUCCGAUCAUGAGAUUGUCGUCAAACAGUACGUGAUUACGAAGUAUUGAAGGUAAAUUGGUUUGUUUACAUAAUUUUAUAAGUAGGUAUAUUUAUUUUCUACAUCUUGUAAGAAUCAUAAUGGUUACUAUUUUUAUAUCAUUAUCAAUAUAACAAUGUCUCAGUACAGGUAUAUGAACUUUUUAUAUGAAAUUUUUAGAUUGAAUAUUGUAAUGUUUCUUUCAAAAAGGGUCAAUAUAAUUGAGUAGGUAAUACCAGCAUAAUUUACCUACAAAUUGUAAUAUUGUUAGAAUUGCCGUCCCCCAACGGCUUAUCCUUUGUCUAUUGUUAACUAAACCGGCGUGUGCUACUUACUACUACCUGCAAAAAAAAGGCUCGUAUAAUUCUAAUUGGCACCUAAGCGUGGGCUAGUCCAACGCUCAAAAAAACAGUGUAGAUGAUGUGCUCUCCGAUAACGCGCCUUUGUUACGGAUAUCGAGGACACAUUUUAGGCUGGUUUGGUUGCGUUCGACUCGCCAGCACUCAGUAACUGUAUAGGGACCACACAAGAAGUCGCAAAUUAUUUUUCCAUUUGUUCAUUUUGAAUCUUAUUUCAAUUACCAUAGGAGUUGUUAUUAAAUAACCAGUUAAAGUGACCGGGCCCUGUUUUUUGCAGGUAGUGGCACGCGCCCUUUUAGUUAACAGUAGGCAAAGGAUAAGCCGUUGGGGGCCAGCUACAAAUCUAACAACUAUAAACAUAAAUGUUAAACAUGUGAUAUUUAAGUAUUUUAUAUGUCACGCCCUCGCCAGACAAAGAAUGAAGGACUUUGGAGCAGGCUAUCUAGAACCAAAGGAAUUCAAAAGGCUACCCAUAAGCUCCAUCAUCCGACACAUGGAAAUGGUCAAAAAGGCUCUUGAGUAGCGAAUGGGUCUUUCCUUAGGGGGCAACUACACAAAAGAUCCCUAUGGGUCGAAGUGUAUCCGCAAGGGCCCCCGGUAAUUAGAAGAUAAGAUAAGAUAAGUAUUUUAUUUAAUUGUACUUCGUUAUUUUUAAGUGUUUAUUUUAACAUAUUUGUACGAUCUUGCAAGUCUUAUUUAUUAUUCUCCAAUAUCAUUCCAUUUAGUUGUAACUAAUCAAAAUAAGUUUUUGGAAAAAAAAAAUCAUUUUUGUUAGAAGCCUCUAUCGCUGACUACUUUUCUUUCCACAGGCAACUAACACUCAUCGAGACAAUCCAAAAAAUCCCAAAAUAGGUUUCGUGGUUUUAUCACAGCGUUCCUAUGGCCAACUCCUGUCUCCAUCAUCAGAUCAGUUGGAUGGUACCCUAAUAGUGCAUUGUCACCCGACUUCCAUAAUUAUGUAUGCAGCUUUAUCGGAAACCAGGAAGUGGGUCAAACUUAACUUGCAAGAUUUGACCCGUACAAACAGUUACAUACAUACGUACAUAGAGUCAGACGAAGAUAAGUUGACAGCGAUUUUGAUAGCCCAGACGGUGCAAGUGUCAAGUAAACGUCAUAAUUUCAUAAAAGUUUGACGUUUAAAAUAACCCGUGCACCAUCUGGGCUAUCAACAUCGCUGCCAACUUAUCUUGAUUUCACUCUAGGUAAGUUAAAAUAAAAAAAAAAGCUUGCAAUAAAGGAAGAAUCUCAGUUAUUGUAUAUACCUGUUAUUAUAGUACUUAUUAAAGUUUCAUAAUGGCCUUAUUCAUAAACACGCGACAAGGCUUCGUUUGUCUUAAUCUGUCAUUUUAAGUCAAGCAUUGGUAAGAAAGGGAUAAAAAAUAAAGUAACUAAUUGAGGCUUAUAAAGUUUUAUGAAAAAAGGGGUCAGUUGUUUACAAAACACGAACUUGUUAUAUAAAUAGACACGAAAAACAUUAAGUAUUCAUUAUUUUUCUCUAAUAGCAAUACUAUUAAGAGGAUAAUGAACGACCGAAUCUCCAUGGCAACGCAGUCCCCAUUUUCCUCCCUGGAUAUUGACAUUAUGGAAAAUAUUUUUACAUAAUUUAUUGAUUAUUAACCGUAGGGUAGGGUAAGGGUCGUUCGACUUUUUUAGAUUUUUUAUUAUUAUAAGAGUUAGGAGCCAAAAACAAAUUCCACGCAAUUUAUAAAAAAAAAACAGUUUCCGAAAUAUUUAAGUUUGGUGUUUCAAAGCUUCUAACAAUUAAAAAACCCUUAUAACAAUUUAAAAAACGAAAAUUAAUAAAUACAAAAGACAUAGCUGUGGUUAAAUAUACCGAAUAUUGCGUAAAAAUGUUUUCCAGAUUUAAUAGAAAAUCCAGAGAGGAAAAUGAGGUCUACGUUUUUAUGUAGAUGUGGUCGUCACUUACGUCUUAACAUACUAUGGAUAAACCUCAUGUGCUUGUAAUAAGGGUUGAUAAUGUUUACUUUUACGGUGUGGACGGUGCAGUGGAUGGUACUGGAAUAAAUAUUGAUAUAUUCAUCCCUAUAAUUAUCUAAAUAUAAAAAUUAGAUAAGUGCGACAAUUGUCUGACCUAGACAGAGUUUUUGUGGAAUAAUAAUUAUUGUCAUUAUAACUUGCACAAUACAGGUACAGCCGACGCCAAAGAUAUAUUUACACUUUUCAUCUUGCAUCUUUGUAAUAAGGCAAAAUAUGUAAACAUAUAUUUGACGCCGACUGUACCUACGUAAACUAUACAUGUUUUGUAAUAUCUUAUAAUAAGGCAUAAGGGUGUCAGGAAUAACGCAAAAUUGAACCCUAUCACUUCAAAAAUAAAGUUCAAAAUCAGAUGGGAACUAUAUUCACUCUGGGUGCACAAUUUUUUUUUAUAAGUACUUUUAUAUAUUAUUGUUUGAUAUACCGAUAUUUGAAAUAAUGUAAUAAAAGGCAUACUUCUAUGUAACUUAAUCAACGAAAUAUGUAAUUUUAUUUUUUGGUAUAAUGGUUAUAUGGUAGGUAUAUUUAAACUUCGUAUAGUUUACACUACCAUAAUUAUUACAUGCUCUAAAACAUGUUUAAAUAAAGGAUCCUAGAAAAGUGGAUUAGGUAAAGUUAAAACUGCCACCCCAUACAAACGAAUAUCUAGCAAGAAGUGGGUUAGGUUAGGUUAGAACUGCGACCUAGCAUAAUUUUUUAUAUUACUUAUAAAGUAUUAUAACAAAAAUUACAUUAUAACAUGUAAUGAUAUAUCAAAUGGCAUUAUGACAGUGUAUGAUAGUUUAAUUAUAAUUAUAUUAAACAUUACACACCCAUUCUCUCUGCCUUAUAUUAAAGGUUUAAAAUGUAUUUUUUUGCAUACCUAGUCCUUUUAUUAUUUACCUUUCUUUCGUUGCAAGAGUAAACUAAUAUUAUUGUGAUUUUAUUAAAUGAAAUAAAGUUUGUCGUGAAGUU